UGUUUAUAUAUUGCGUCAUGUGCCUUGACUUGUUUAAAAAUGUCUUCUGAAUAAGCCUAGAAUUCAAAUAAUUUUAAUGAUUCAGGUAUGCUAUUUCGUCAAAAAUUAUUGACUUGUUGUAGAUAUUUUGCAACAAACUUCAAACUGCAGAUGAUGGCUUCAGCACACACUUCUGAGACGAAUGGACAGAGAAAGAAUGGAUACGAAAGAGAUAGAGUUCCUAGACCUUUUGUAAUCGGUGUAGCUGGUGGCACAGCCUCUGGAAAAUCCUCAGUGUGUGCCAAAAUCAUGCAGCAGCUGGGUCAGGAUGAUGUAGAUCACAGACAGAGACAGGUUGUUAUAAUAAACCAAGACACAUUUUACCGUCCUCUUACACCGGAAGAGAACGCAAGAGCAUUGAAGGGGGAGUUCAACUUUGAUCAUCCAGAUGCUUUUGACUAUGAUUUUAUGUUGCGAACAUUAAAGGAUCUUGUAGCUGGGAAGGCAGUGAAGUUACCACAGUAUAACUAUGUGACAAAUGCCAGAAAUGAGGAAUGGCAUACCGUAUACCCUGCUGAUGUUGUUCUGUUUGAGGGCAUCCUGGUGUUUUAUUUUAAACAACUUAGAGACAUGUAUCACAUGAAGCUUUUUGUGGACACAGAUCCUGACACAAGAUUGUCCAGAAGAGUAUUAAGAGACACAAAAGAGAGAGGGAGAGACAUUGAGAAUAUACUUCAUCAGUAUACAACCUUAGUAAAGCCAGCUUUUGAAGAAUUUUGUCUCCCAACAAAAAAAUAUGCUGAUGUUAUAAUACCCAGGGGAGCUGAUAAUACAGUGGCUAUUGAUUUAAUUGUGCAGCAUAUUCAAGAGUUACUGCGACCUUCCAAAAACCUGGUUAAUACUAAGAGACCGCGUCACAACUCAGAUUCCUUUGUUGGCAGGCCACACUAGGAUUUCCCAUUGUGAUCUUUCAAAAACAUGCUGUCUAGCAAAAGUUCAGUGAAAACUUAUCGGUCAGCUCAUAACUAUUAGCAAUGGUUAAUGAGUCUCAGAGAUUUUUAAACAACUAAAUAACAUGUAUAUUCACUGCCAUUUUCUUUGGGACUGGAAAUGAUUUUUGACAAAUAUAUUAUGUUUACUAUAUUUUUUGAUGUUUACAUGUCUAGGUUAUAUGAUCUUUACAUCAAAAUGUUUGUAAUUUAGGGUAAUCACCGUGUCUAAAAAUUUUCCAUGCAUCUUUGUGCUUUCAAGCAUUUUGAUCUGAAUUGGCAAUCGUCAAGUUCCAGAAAUAUGAGCAUUUACAUUUAUGGCCAUUUUAUUUCCAUGAAAUGGUGAAAAAAAUUAUAAGUUCAUAAAAAAAUAACAUUUUAGAACUGAACCUCUUUUUGUGUGAUUUUUCAGGUAGCACAUGCAUGUUACCUAAAUGCAUUCAGCAUGUUCACCGCCCUGUUAAACAAUCAAUUUUUGAAUAAGAGUACUGGAUGACCAAGUUCAU